AUGGCCGGCCGGGGCGGCCCCCUGGCCGUAGCGCGACCCCCGGUGGCCGAGGGCGGCCCCGGCAGGACGGGCCCGGGCGAGGAGCGGUGCGGUAGCCGGCCCGCCCCCGAGGGCGCCGGGCCAGGGGCCGGCCAGGGCAGCGAGCCUGCCCACUGCGAGCAGGCCGGGAGAGGAGGCUGGUGCCACCACUGCCACACCAAGCUCACCGAGCUCAAGAGACAAGCCUGGAAGCUGGUCAGCGGGCCCGGGACGCCCCUCCUGGAUCCCAGAUUAUCCGCUUUGAUUCUGGACAAAGUUCACAUGGCCGGAGCCCUGCAGGAGACGAGGCCAGAGGGCGAGACCCGCUGCGACGUAUGUGCGGCUCACCUGAACCAGCUGAAGCAGGAGGCCAUUCGGACCAUCCAGGGCCCCUCCCCGGGCGGCCCCGGAAGCCGAACGGCCCGGGCCCCAGCCCUGCCGUCAGGCCAGGCUGGAAGGCUCCUCACCGGGCCGGAGAGGCACAAGGGCGGCACGUGGGCGGCGGGGCCUGGGGCGUUCCCCGGUCCCAGCGUGCAGGUGACCGUAGGGACCGGCGGACUUGGGGAUGCGCUGAGUUCGGUGACGAUCCAAGCCCAGCAGUACCUAGAGGGCAUGUGGAGCCUGUCGAGGUCCAACGGCUUCCUCCCUGCUGCAUGUCUAGCCGAUGCUUCAGCGGAGAGGGACCGAAAUGGUCCCCAGGGCCAAGCGCCCUCUGGACCGCGCCCCUGCGACCACAAUGGAUCCUGCGCUGCCUUGAACUCGCAGGCCCUGAUGGUGCCCUCGUCCCCGGGGGCCUCGGCCGCGGCCUCGUUCUUCAUCAGAGCGGCCCAGAAGCUCAACCUUUCCUCGAAGCGGAAAAAGUACCCCCCACCCCUGGCCCCAACCCAGGAGAGCUCAGCCUACGGCACCAAUUUCAGUGGUGUCCUGCAGCUCUGCCCGCCUCCAGCUCCGCCCUGCCUGCUCAGGGCCGUAUCCAAGAUGAAGGACACACCGGGCAUCGGAAAGGUAAAGGUGAUGGUGAGGAUCUGCCCUUCUGAAGGAGCGGCCAACUCGUCCGAGUCCAUGUCAUUCCUGAAGGUGGAUCCUCGGCGGAAGCAGAUCACCCUCUCCGAGCCAGCGGCCAAUGGGCCGUCCGGAGCCGGACCCCGGAGGACCGCGGCCACCACUGCCGUCCCAAAGAUGUUUGCCUUCGAUGCUGUGUUUCCUCAGGAUGCAUCUCAGGCCGAGGUGUGCUCGGGGACCGUGGCCGAAGUCAUCCAAUCUGUCGUGAACGGGGCAGACGGCUGCAUCUUCUGCUUCGGCCAGGUCAAGCUCGGUAAAUCCUACACCAUGUUCGGGAGAGACGCCUCUACCCAGACCCUGGGUAUAGUGCCCUGUGCCAUCUCCUGGCUCUUCAAACUGACCCAUGAGCGCAAGGAGAAGACUGGGGCCCGUUUCUCCAUCCGCGUCUCCGCCGUGGAGAUCAGUGGCAAAGACGAAACCCUCAAGGACUUGCUGGCGGACGUCGCCAGUGGCAGUCUGCAGGACGGCCAGUGCCCGGGGGUCUACCUCCGAGAGGACCCCGUUUGCGGGACACAGCUCCAAAACCAAAGUGAGCUCCGGGCCCCGACGGCUGAGAAGGCUGCUCUGUUCCUGGAUGCUGCACUGGCCGCCCGGAGCACCAGCCGGCCGGACUGUGAUGAGGAGGACAGGAGGAACUCUCACAUGCUCUUCACCCUCCACGUCUAUCAGUACCGCAUGGAGAAAAACAGCAAAGGAGGAAUGUCUGGGGGCCGCAGCCGCUUGCAUCUCAUCGACCUGGGCAGCUGUGAGAAAGUGCUGAGCAAGAGUCGAGACCCUGGAGGCUCCCUGUGCCUGUCUCUGUCCGCUCUGGGCAACGUCAUCUUGGCCUUGAUCGUCGGGGCCAAACACGUGCCAUACAAGGACAACAAGCUGACGAUGCUGCUGCGAGAGUCUCUGGGAAACAUCAACUGCCGGACCACCAUGAUCGCUCACCUCUCUGACUCCCCCGCCCUCUAUGCCGAGACCCUCACCACCGCACAGCUCGCCUCGCGCAUCCACCGGCUCAGGAAGAAGAAAUCCAAGUCGGCGUCCAGCUCUUCGGGCGGGGAGAGUUCCUGUGAGGAAGGCCGUGUCCGCCGGCCCCCACACCUCAGGCCCUUCCACACUCGGGCGGUGACCCUGGACCCCGGCCUCCCAGCGCUGACCCUGUCCGGCGACCCAGACUACUCUUCCAGCAGCGAGCAAUCCUGCGACACCGUCAUCUACGUGGGGCCCGGUGGGGCGGCCCUGUCCGACCGCGAGCUCACGGACAACGAGGGCCCUCCAGACUUUGUGCCCAUCAUCCCCUCGCUCAACCGGAAGAGGAGCCGGGACCCCCUGCCUCCGCCACGCUCCGACCGGGACCACUUCAAGUGCAACACGUUCGCCGAGCUGCAGGAGAGGUUGGAGUGCAUCGACGGCAGCGAGGAGCCGGCGGCGUUCGCCGGGCCUGGAGAGACGUCCGUACCCUCUCCUCUGGCUGCCGGGAGGAGGGCCGGGACAGCAUCUCCCAAAAAGGGGCCCGGAUCCCACCCUGCCACCCCCCGGACCUGUGGGGGCCCAGAGUCGGCGCCGUCCAAAGGAGAGUGGAAGAAGGUGGAUGCCGGCCCGGAGGGGGCAGGGGAAAAUGGGGUGACUGGGGGUCUGAUCGUUCUGGAACUAGGGGUGAAGGACAGAGUGUCCUGCGGGCGGGGACCCCUGCCUGGCCCGGGCCCCCCGCCCCCUCCGCAGAGGGAAGCGGGCUUGCCCGAGGACACGUCCCCGGAGGCCGACGGCAGUGGUGGUGGGCCGGUCCGGACCCCACCUGUGGGCAUGAGUCAGCAGCCUCUUGGUCAGCAGGAGGGAGGACCAGGAGGAGAGCCACCUGUGGCCGGGGCCGUCGACAUCUGUAGCCCGCGUGGGACGAGCCUGGACCGGGACAUUUUGACCACCACAGUGACGCUGCAGCAGCCGGUGGAGCUGAAUGGCGAGGACGAGCUAGUGUUCACCCUGGUGGAGGAGUUAUCCAUCCGAGGUCUGGCGUCCAGCCGCCGGCCCACCAGCCUCAUCAGCUUCAGCAGCGACUGCUCCCUGCAGGCCCUGGCCUCGGGCUCCAGGCCGGUCAGCAUCAUCAGCAGUAUCAACGACGAGUUUGACGCCUACACAGCGCAGGCUGCCCUGGCCACCGCUGGGACCAGUCUGGGCAUCGAGGUCUCCGUUGGGGUCGGGAGUAGCCGACGUUCCUCCAUCAGCUCCUGGCUGAGUGACGUCAGCCUCGGCCCGGGGGGCAUGGGGGAGGCUUGGGUGUCCUCAGGCUGCCCCCCACUCGAGGGGCCUCUCACACAGGGACCGCCCGGCAGUCCCCUGACCCUGGAAUGCUCUCCCACAGAUGACCACGGCCUGUGCACCCUCGAGUUGGGUGCAGAGGGGCCCAGAACCCUAUCUUCCCCCGUGCGGACCCCAGGGAGAAUCGUGUGUGGGCCCCCGCACAGUGGGAGCCUCCACCGCAGCCUCCCGCGCAGGGCUCCCCCCUCCCCCGAUGGCCCAUUUGGGGACCCGUGGCUGGCUCGGGCGGAUGACUCUGGGGAUGGCACAGGAGCUGGCCUCAGGGCACGGGGGGAAGGCGGGGGUGGCACCCGCCGGAUGGCCUGCUUCCCGCUGGUCUCUGCUGGGCCGCAGAGGGUCGUGGAUGGCUGUGAGAUGUCAGGCCGGGCCGCCGUGGGGGACCUGGGGUCAGCGGGGUUGGGGGCCAGCCUCCAACAUGGACAGAGGGCCAGGCCUCUCCAGGACCGGGGAACCUGCCCGGUCUGGGGAUCCGGAACAGAGGUAGAUGCCACUUCAGCCGCCGGCAGCCCACGGGGGUCCGGGGCCAAGAAGAACGGCCGCCAGAAGGCCAGCAUCCUCCCGCGACCCGGCGGGACCGGACCCCCAGCCCCACCUGUCCGCAAGUCCAGCCUGGAGCCUAAGGCUGGGGGAGCUGACCUCCCCCGGUCGAUGCCCCCCAGCCCCUGGGUGGAGGAAGAGGUUGAUGUGCGACCCCGGGCUGGGGCCAGUGACCUCAAGGGCCCAAGGGCCACUUCGAGUUUGAAGGGGCGGACGGGCCGGAGUGAGUCUGCCCUCCCACCACGUGGCGGGGGCUCCACCCCGGCCCUGGAACGCUGUGAUAGCCUGUUGUCCCUCGGGGGCCGGGCCAAUGGGGGUGGGAGAGCCGGACGGUCUGUGCCCCGGCUAGGAGUGCCCCCCACCCCGCCGGCCCCACCACCACCGCCACCCCCGGCCCCUGGCCGACCUGCUCAGGCCCGGCCCGGCCCGAAGUUACCGUCUGCCGGCGGCAAGAGCCGUAGCCUUCCCACCGGUGGGGCCAGGACCCUCGGACCCGCGGCCAAGCCUCCAGUGCCAUCGGGGGGCAAGAGCCCCGGGGCGCCUCCGGGCGGGAAGGGCUGUGGUGGCAAGCCGGGCCGGGGCACCGUGAUGGGCACCAGGCAGGCCCUGAGGGCGGCCCACAGCCGCGUGAACGAACUGGCCUCAGGUACCGGCGGGAGGAGUGAGCUCACCCUGCCCUCGCCCUACAGCAAGAUCACGGCGCCCCGCCGGCCGCAGCGCCACAGCAGCGGGCACGGCAGUGACAACAGCAGCGUGCUGAGCGGCGAGCUGCCCCCGGCCAUGGGCAGGACCGCGCUCUUCUAUCACAGCGGCGGCAGUAGUGGCUAUGAGAGCAUGAUCCGGGACAGCGAGACCACUGGUAGCGCCUCUUCCGCCCAUGACUCCAUGAGCGAGAGCAGCCUGUCCUCCACCGGACGGGUCCGCAGCCUCAAGUCACCUAAGAAGAGGUCCACAGGUCUCCAGAGGAGGAGGCUGAUCCCCGCCCCCUUACCCGAUGCGGCCACUUUGGGGAGGAAACCGAGCCUCACCGGCCAGUGGGUGGAUCUACCCCCUCUGCCAGGGACUCUGAAAGAGCCAUUUGAGAUCAAGGUCUAUGAGAUUGAUGACGUGGAACGCUUACAACGGCACAGACAGGACGAGCCUGAGGUCAGACCCUUCCAGGAUGUUGAGAAGGGCCUGCUGUACUUCAACACAAAGCUGAAAUUGCUGGAGAGGCGGCAGCAGAAGAUCCGGGAAGUGAAAGCCAAGCAUGACAUCCUCAAGGAGGAACUUGAGGAGACCAAGGGCCGGCUGAUGAUCAACCCCAACAAGUGGAAGAAGGAGUUCGAGGUGGACCCCGACCUGGAUAAGGAGUCUCAAGAGUAUCUGGAGGCGCUGGAGCUCGUGACGGAGGAGCUGGAGCAGUGCGUGAACUUGUGCAAGUCCCACGUCAUGAUCGUCACGUGCUUUGACAUUGGUAUGGUGGAUGCCCAGGAGGUGGAAGUCUGAGGAUGGUUGGGAUGCGGGACACGGGAAGGGGCGGAAUGCUCCAUAGCCCCGGUGUUUCUGUGAAGAGGAGGAAGAGGAGGAGGAGGUGCAAGAGGGGAAGGCUGGACGUGAAGUUGGGAGAGAAAUGAGUUGGGAACGAUGGGGCAGGAGGGAGGCGUUGGAGGACCGGGAGGUCGGAAUGUUUCUCAAUGGACGUGGGUGACCAGUGGACUGAGCAGCGGGUUGGGGACGGGGAUGGGUGAGCUACAUCGGACAGAAGGACACCGGGAAUCUGAGAACAGAUGGGGACAUUGAAGCAGCCACAAUCAAAGUGCCUUUUAAGAGUCAUUCGAUUUUAAAAAAUUUUCCUUUUGUAUUUGGUGCUAGAAUUAAAGCCAGCAGACCGUCAAAUGUAUUCCUACGAACUAUUUUCUACUGUAUAGUGUAUUUAUGACUAUAUGUAAAAACAUUGUAGCGAGAGCAAUAACUAAAUUAUGUUUUCAUACCUGAACUUGCCUUCUUGUUUCAUAAGGAAGCUGUUUUAUGUAGCAGAACUAAAACUGUAUUACAACUGUUGUCUUUGGUUAGGAGUGGAGAUAUUUUUAUGGACAUUUUAUCUACUGAGAAGGUGUUUUAUGAACUUUCAGUCCGAUUGCUGUUCCGCCUGCUUUUUUAUAUUCUUCCUUUUCCAGACCAAAAUAAAGAUUGCUUUUCUGGGUUUUGAUAGAGAUGGCUACAAACUGUUCUCCUCCUUGGUUUAGGGACUCUCACUCCCCACACCCCUGGUAUUUCAGAUGUCUAGUCCUGAACCUCCUUCAGCUGCGAGAAUCAAUGUUCAAAUUUUGUACCAAAAUCACUGAGCAAAGACAGGGGCUGCGGGAGGGGGAAAGGAGAGAAGAGAAUUUUGCAAACGUUUCGUGACUUGCAUAUUUUUCUAAGGUUUUCACAGCCAUGGCGGGAUUUGCAUUAAAAAUUUUGCAGAUGAAAUAGUCAGUCUCUUUGCAGUUUUUCUAAGGAAGACAAACCCUCAGGAUUCCACUUGGACAUGCUGCAUGAGUUGUGUUUUUUGAAGGUGGGGGCAGCCUAGCAGAGUCUCCCCGCUGAUACAUUGUUGCCAAACAGAUCCUUCUGUGACAUUGAGUAGGAGAUGGACAAGCAUAUACCAAAUCAUAUUUUCUGAUCGUCUCGCUUUAUAUGGUUUUUCUGAA